AUGGAACAUGAUAGCGAAAUGCCCUCCUUCAUCGGUCCUCUUCUUCAACCUCUCCCGCGUUUACUUCAGAACCCAAAACUACAAUCACCCAUUGAGGGCUCGAGAUGCUCUCUCGCGCCCACCGUCAUGCCGGCUUCAUUCUUGUUCCGAUGCGGACUCGCUCGUGUCGUUUCUGAUAUCUGCCUUGAGCAAAUGCUCCUCCGCGUCUUGCUGCGGGGCGGUUCAUGCUCGAGUCCUCAAAUCGGUGAGUUACAGCCACGGAUUCGUCGGCGAUCAGCUCGUGUCGAAGUACGCGGAAGUGGGCUGUGAGGAACGUGCGGAAAAGCUGUUCGACGAAAUUCCCGAGAAAGAUUUAGUGUCGUGGAAUUCUUUGAUUUCUGGGUUUUCACGUAGAGGGUGCCUGGCUAAGUGUUUAUAUGCAUUUCAUAGGAUGAGAAAUGAGACUUUUAUGAACCCCAAUGAGGUUACUCUUGUGUCAGUCAUCUCAUCAUGUGCUGAUGUGAAAGCUCUGGCUGAAGGGAGGUCCAUUCAUGGGCUCUCAGAAAGAUUGGGCAUGUUGAUGGAGGUAAAGGUUGUUAAUUCUCUUAUUAACAUGUAUGGAAAAUGCGGGAUAUUGGGUGCCGCUUGUCUCUUGUUUGAAAUAAUGCCCGUGAGGAGCUCAGUUUCAUGGAAUUCGAUGAUUGCUUCAUAUGCUGAAAAUGAGUCACCAAUGGAAGGGAUCAGUUGCUUUAAAUUAAUGAGAAGGAAUGGAAUUCAACCUGACGAUGCCACUCUGGUGGCAUUGCUUCAAGCAUGUGAAAGUGUAGGUUCUAUUAGACUAGUAGAGUCUGUUCACUGUGUAAUAUGUCGCCGUGGGUUCUAUGGACGGAUGUCGAUCGUGACUGCUCUUUCGGAUUUGUAUGCCAAGACUGGGAGGUUGGCUGCCUCACACCAAGUUUUUCUUGAGAUAAGAAAUCCAGAUAGUAUAGCUUGGACUGCAAUGCUUGCUGGCUAUGCAGCUCAUGGAUAUGGGUCGGAAGCAGUCGCUCUCUUUGACCUCAUGGUUAAGAAAGGUAUGAAUCCUGAUCGUGUCACAUUUACUCAUCUAUUAAGUGCUUGUAGCCAUUCAGGGCUAGUAGAAGAAGGAAAACAGUACUUCCGAACUAUGUUUGAAUUUUAUGGGGUGGAGCCUACAUUAGACCACUAUUCAUGCAUGGUUGAUCUCCUCGGUCGUUCUGGUAUCUUAAAAGAUGCGUACGAGCUGAUCAAAAGCAUGCCAAUGGAGCCUAAUUCUGGGGUCUGGGGUGCUCUUCUCGGUGCAUGCAGAAUUUACAGAAAUGCUGAACUUGGAAAGGAAGCUGCAGAGCAAUUGAUUAAUCUGGACCCUUCGGAUGCAAGAAAUUAUAUUGUGCUCUCAAAUAUAUACUCAGCGGUUGGUCUAUGGAAAGAUGCGUCAGAAAUGAGAGCAUUAAUGAAGGAAAAUUGUCUUGCUAGAUUGCCUGGAUGUAGUUAUAUCGAACACGGAAAUAAGAUCCAUCAAUUUGUCGUGGGUGACUGGUCUCAUCCAUUGUCACAUGGGAUAUACACCAAAUUGACAGAACUGAUUGAAAAGAUUCGCAAGGCUGGACUUGCUCCUAAAACAGAAUUUGUCUUGCAUGAUGUUGAUGAGGAGUUGAAAAAGGAUAUGAUCAAUGAACACUGCGAGAAGUUAGCAAUCUCAUUUGGGAUUUUGGUGACUAACCCAGGUAGAACGUUAAUAAUAAGGAAGAAUCUGAGAAUUUGUGGUGACUGUCAUGGCUUUGCCAAGAUUAUAUCGUUGAUUGAAAAUCGCACCAUCAUAAUUCGAGAUCCAAAGCGGUUUCACCAUUUUACUGAUGGAAUAUGUUCGUGUGGUGACUACUGGUGACUCACGUUUCAAUUUUGGCUGAGUUACUAUCAACAAAACUACACCUGAUGUCUGCCCAAGUACUCCAUCUACACUCUGGCUCAGUGAGUAGAAUUUGAAGUUGAGCUCCAAAUGGGCAUAGCAGUUGUCUUCAGUCACAUUAUAUCCAUGCACCCGAGAUUCCUCUGCUGUAAUAGGUACUAUCCGAGCAACUAUUGUGAACAACUCUUCCAUUUUGACUUCCACCUUGUUAUUCGUCAUAGGCCGUCGGAUCUCCAGUCCUGUCUCUGGUGACCACCAUCUUUGGCCCUCGCCUAUUGGCACCUUGAUUUCUUCUCCAUCAAACCGGAUCAGCAUAUUGUUCACCGACUCUUCCCAUUUUGAAACUCGUCGUGCACCAAUAUAAAGCUUAUGGGACCCGAACAAGAUGCCAACAGACUCAACCCAGGUGAAGUCCCUUCCCCUGCUACUACUUUUGCCAAUGAAAUGGGCAUUGAUGUGAAUGCCAGGAUCAGAAACCAAGCAGAAGUCUUUGUCCUUCUCGCCGUGAAAGUAGAACAUGACCCCGUCACCUCCGAUGAAUCGUGGGUCUUGGCACACAGCCCCUGGCCUAUCGCAAGCUAGUUUUAAUCCAAAAGAAGUUCAUUAAAACAUUACUAUGAAUGCUAUAAUGUGAUUGAGACUAUAAGAAGAUAGGAACAGCAAUGCAAGAACACAUAAGAGUGAAGGACGUAGGACAAAAUGAGGAUCUGAGUCCCGCUCUUUAAUUGUAGACCCAGAAUUGAAUUGCAGUAAAUUGUGUUCAUUCUAAGGAAAUAGGCGGUGCGAAUAGUUAUCAAUUACUCGUGAACUUUCAUGAAGAAAGUUGGUAAGGAGGCAAAAAGAAUCCAAUUCUUACCGCAGUAAGGUUUACAGAGUCUGCAAUCUACUUCGCAGAGUCUAGGACAAGCAGGUGGACAAGUGUGGACGAUUCCGUAACACUUGCCGAAAAACGGAUCGUGGCACGCCGCUUUCCCUGCAUUCACUCCGACGGUCACGACACCAAAGAAGCAUAGCACGCCGAAAAGCAGCGACGGGCCUCUCAUGUUUUUCUCCCUCCUUCCUUGCAAUGUGAGUGCAGCUCAAGAGAAGGGUCAGUACUUAAACCAUGGGAUGCGUUUGAAGUAGUGCUUGGUAGUACUAAACACUAACUACAACUGUGAAGUAGGAGAGUGAGGUUAGGUGGUUGCUUGCGCGAGGACUUUGAUAAAUUAAAACGAGGCCAACUCCGUGUUCUUUAAGUAUUCGAUCAGACACAUGGAAGCAUUGCAGUUCGUGAGCACACGUCGAGACUGUGAGUGAAUCUGAGGGUGUGUUUGUGUAUGUGUAGUCAACAUUCGAGGACUUCCAUGAGCAAAACCAUUGGAGAUGCAA